AUGUCUUCCACAAGUGAACUUGAACAGGCCUUAGCACCCUUCCUCAGUGCUGGGAAUAUUCUCACUGCACCAAUCUCUACUCUCUCUGUGUUAUUCUUCAUAUAUGGCAUAUAUUUCUGGCAAUAUUACCUUAAUAACAUGCUAAUAUCUACCUCCACUUUAGGAAUUUACUGUUUUAUCUUUGGGCUAUCAAUCUAUGUUCUAUUUUACCAGAAUACUGUCCACAGGCUGUAUAAAGGGGGUAACAUAGCUCUCUUUUUACUAGCAACUAUUUACACUUCUGUUUUGACUUGGGGAUUAUCUCGACAAGCCUUGAUAGAUCUCCAUGCUGUCACAACAAAAGAGUAUAAUCCACUUAUUCUAUAUCUUUAUGGAGAUGAUGGGGAAACUGCUUGGUAUGGAACUGCAAGCACUAUUCCAACUCUUAUGAACUCAAUAGCAGAUGCAAUGCUUAUUCAUCGCUGCUAUCUCAUUUUCAAUUCAAGCAAACUUGUUCUGUUUCCACUUGUUAUAGCUGCAUGUAUUCUCAAUGGUACUGGCUUUGCUUCUGAUGUCAUUUCAACAAUUGGAUUUGGCACCUCAUCAAAACCUGACAAUCCUAAUCUUAUACUAAAAGGAGACACUAUUGACUAUGGAGUUGCAAUAGCAAUAGCUAUUUUCCAAUUGAUAUUGACACUCUUGACUGGAGGGCGUAUCUGGUGGAUUACCCGUCAAGCGAGGCAAUUUAUGGGAGGCUCAACACGUACAAGAUAUAAUGAUAUUGUAGCCAUUAUUAUUGAGUCUGGAUUGCUAUAUGCAGGCUGCAUGUUGACUGGAACAAUUUUUAAUAUGGUAUUGGACCACCAGUCAACAGGAACUGUGCCAUUUGAUCUCUCAGUUGUCACAAUAUUAAUGUCUGGCCUUGCUCCUACAAUGGUCUUUGCUCGGGUAGCAUAUGGAAAAUCUGUGAACAGCAUUCAGCAGACAAUAUCAACAUUCCAAGUUGCUAGUGCCCAGGCCAGUCAACAGACUGGCAUAGGACAAGCAACUAUUGACUUUUAG